CAACAGCAGAGGUCCACACCUAACGCGCCGACCACUCAGGCUAGCAGUAGUGCGCCGACCAAUACGUUCACUGAAGUGAACCCCGAAUUUCUGGCCGCUUUACCGCUCAAUAUUCAGGAAGAAGUCUUGGCUCAACAGCGCGCCGAACAGCAGCGCAUUGCCUCUCAAACUGCGAAUCCGGAGACACCGGUAGACGCGGGAAGUUUUAUACUGACACUACCGCCCAGUCUAAGGCGACAAGUGUUGGCCGAUAUGGACGACAGCCAACUAGCGUUACUGCCGCCAGAAGUGGCCACUGAGGCACAGGCGCUGAGGCAAGAGCUGGAGGCCAGACACCGACAAAUACAGGAGCGCUUCUUCUCGAGUCACGCGGGAACAGCCCUCUCACGCAUUCUCCGCACUGCAGCAACAGGUCGUAUGGGAGGCACUCGUUAUACCAUUCAUACCGUACCCCCUGGUUCGUGGCCCUGGAAUAUCAGCGGAGGCCGCUCGGGAACGGGUGGCAGUAAUCUGAACGCCAGCUCAAGCGUGAACGCACACAGACCUACAUUUACCAGCAGUCGGUUUAGAGGGAGACAACUGUUGGACAACGAAGCGCUCUCUUGUCUG